ACCCUACCAAAACCCUGGACAAAUUUUCUCUGCCUCCAUUUCUAUGGCUUGAAAUUUCUUGUUCAUCAAGCCAAUCUCUUACUCUUAAAUCAUCAUUUACACCAUUUUUAAAAAACCAGGAAGAACUCUAGUCUUUAUUUCUCUAUCCCUUGUAGAUUCUGCUUCAGGAACAAAUGGCUCAGAAAUGUGUGAUGGGUGUGAUCUCAGCCCUAGCUGCCUCCGCUUCUCUCGCCCCAUCGAAAUUCGCCGCUGCCGAUGGACCUUUCACCUUCUCUGGCUUCUCAACUUCCCCGUCUACUUCGAUUCCUCAGCAGCAAGGUUCUACUCCGCCGGCCUCGGAAUCUGGGAAAGAGCCGUCUGUUACUGGCGAAGAAUCUGAUGCUCCUCCACGGGUUCGGAACAAUAAUCCGAGAACGACUUCGGCUGGAUUUGAUCCUGAAGCGUUGGAGCGUGGAGCUAAGGCCUUGAAGGGGAUAAACAACUCAGCUCAUGCCAAAAAGGUAUUUGAGAGUAUUAAGACACAAGAAGAGACGAGGCAAGCUGAGUUUACUGCUAAGGCGCAAGAGUUUAAAGCUUUGCAAUCCCAAGCUGAAGCUGAGAGGCAAAGGGUGAUAUACGAGGAACAGAAGAAACUAGCUCAGCACCAAGCACAAACGAAAUCACAGAUGGCCCGCUAUGAAGAUGAGUUAGCAAGAAAAAGGAUGCAGGCUGAGAAUGAGGCCCAGAGAACAAGAAAUCAAGAACUUGUGAAAAUGCAAGAAGAAUCAGCAAUUAGGAGGGAAGUAGCUCGACGAGCUACGGAGGAGGAGAUUCAAGCACAGAGACGAGAAACAGAGAGGGAGAAAGCUGAGAUUGAACGUGAGACAAUCAGGGUUAAAGCUAUGGCAGAAGCUGAAGGAAGAGCCCGAGAAUCAAAGCUUUCUGAAGAUGUAAACAGGAGAAUGCUUGUUGAUCGUGCAAAUGCAGAAAGAGAGAAAUGGGUUUCUGCCAUAAAUACUACAUUCGAUCAUAUCGGAGGGGGCUUGCGUACCAUUCUAACGGAUCAAAAUAAGUUGGUUGUUGCUGUUGGAGGUCUCACCGCUCUUGCAGCUGGGAUCUACACAACGAGAGAAGGUGCCAAGGUUAUCUGGAGCUACGUGGAUAGAGUAUUAGGGCAACCUUCUCUAAUUAGAGAAUCAUCGAGAGGAAAGUACCCUUGGUCUGGUUCGGUUUCUCGUGCUUUUUCAACGUUGCGGGGUGGUGCUAAGGAGUCUACAUCCAAAAAUGGAGAAGGGUUUGGUGAUGUUAUUUUGCAUCCUCCUCUUAUGAGGAGAAUUGAACAGCUAGCUAAUGCAACUGCCAACACAAAAGUUCACCAAGCACCUUUCCGAAAUAUGCUUUUCUACGGUCCACCAGGUACAGGGAAGACAAUGGCUGCCCGAGAGCUGGCUCGUAAAUCUGGUCUAGAUUAUGCGUUGAUGACGGGUGGAGAUGUUGCUCCACUUGGAGCUCAGGCUGUUACAAAGAUACACCAACUGUUUGAUUGGUCCAAAAAAUCUAAGAGAGGCUUGUUGCUCUUCAUCGAUGAAGCAGACGCAUUUCUGUGCGAGAGGAACAAAACAUACAUGAGCGAAGCCCAAAGAAGUGCACUAAAUGCACUUCUCUUUCGCACGGGUGACCAGUCCAAAGAUAUAGUCCUCGCGCUUGCCACAAACAGACCUGGUGAUCUAGACUCUGCAGUGUCUGACCGUAUCGAUGAGACUCUUGAGUUUCCCUUGCCUGGAGAAGAAGAGCGCCUCAAGCUUCUAAACCUCUACCUAGACAAGUACAUAUCUAAGGCUAAUCUAAAAAAACCGGGUUUGCUCCAACGCCUUUUCAAAAAAGAGCAGCAGAAGAUUGAGAUAAAAGGCAUUACCGAGGAUCUCCUGAAGGAAGCUGCUGCCAAAACAAAAGGGUUUUCGGGUAGAGAAAUCGCAAAAUUGAUGGCAAGCGUUCAAGCGGCUGUGUAUGGAAGCGCAAACUGCUUAUUGGACGCAGAGCGUUUCAGAGAGGUCAUUGAUUACAAAGUCGCGGAGCAUCAACAGAGAAAAAAACUAGCUGGAACCGACACAGGUAGCAAGAAAUGAAAUCAUAUAAACUUAUCAUGAACACAGGUAUCUACAGGUGUAGAUUUGAACUCAAAACUCAAUACCCUGAGCAUUAUUCUCAAAAGGGUUUAGGCAAAAAAGCUUUUCUAGUUUUCCAAAUUGUUUCUCCCUGUGAUUGUAAAGGUGAGAUUUCGAAGACUGCAUCAGAUUCUUUUUUUCUUGACCA